UACUGGUGAAGUUCCUCCCCCUUGCUGCUGCUAUUAUCGUGCGGGCAGUGAGUCACUUGGCUUUGACUGUGUGUGUCUCGCAGCGCUGCCGGGCGGAGAGCGGAGGACCGCGGGCCACAGCAAUGCAGAGCUGGGCGCUGAGCUCGGUCCUGGUGACUGGCGCGAACCGUGGCCUCGGCCUGGAGCUAGUCCACCAGCUGGCGAGGGCUGAACGGCCUCCCCGCUACCUGCUGGCCGGCUGCAGGGACCCCCAGAGCACACGAGCACAGGAUCUCAUGAACCUAGCAAAGAGCUUCCCAAACAUAAAAGUGCUUAAGUUGGAUGUUGAUGAUUUUGGCAGCAUUCAAGAGUGUGCUUCUCAGGCUGAGAAGAUAUUGGAAAACAAUGGCCUAAAUCUGCUCAUAAAUAAUGCUGGCGCCAGCUAUAGUGGAGCCCUUAAUGAAAUUACUCCUGAAUCAAUGAUGAACAGUUACAGAACCAAUGUUGUUGGACCAAUGAUGCUAACCAAGGUUUUGCUCCCAUCUUUGCAAAAAGCAGCAUGCCUGAAUGAUGAAUUUAAAGCAGCAGUUAUCAACAUGUCCUCGAUAAUGGCCUCCUUAGAGCUGUUUAAUGACAAAAGUGGGACUGCAUACGCCUAUCGGGCCAGUAAGACUGCAUUGAAUAUGGUUACCAAGUGCUUGGCGAACGAAUUAAAACCUCAUGGAAUCAUCAGUGUUUCAAUGCACCCUGGCUGGGUCCAAACAGAUAUGGGUGGUGAAAAAGCACCACUAACGAAAGAGGAAAGUGUUCAUGGAAUUCUCCAAGCAGUGUCGAAGCUUUCAGCCAAAGAUAGUGGAUCGUUUCUAGACUGGAAAGGCCAGCAUUUACCUUGGUGAAGAAUAGCUUGCUGUGCAAUGAGAUAUUAGCUUUGCUGUUAAAAUGAAUAAAGGCUACAGAAGAUGACAUUAGUAGUUACUGAUGUUCAACAGUACUGAAAUGCUUAUGAAAAUUACACUGUUUUUGAUCUAUACACAAUUUUUAAUGAUUCACAAAAUGAUGACCUUAUUAAUCAUGGAAUCAUACAGCACAAAAGAGGUCCAUCAAUGUACCACCAAAGCUAUACUAAAUCUACUCUAAUUCCAUUUUUCAGCACUCUGCUUGAAUGUUUGACAUUUAAUGACAUGAAUUAUUUGUGCAUAUUUGCUUUAUAACCCUUCAAUUCAAUUAAAUCCUGUAGUAUUGUUCACA